AUGGGAAGUCCUCAGGCACGCUGGGGCGAGUCUGUCCAGUGCCGUGUGGCCGCUGUCACUCGUGCUAGUGACGCCUCACCCAGCUCUGUAAGCAAGGGGACUUUCAUCUCCUUCUGGCAACAUGCCAUAACAGACUUCUUCCCCUCAGGCCUUCUUAAAACCUUGCUUCAUGUGAUCUUUAUCAUUCCAUGGAGCCAAAAGGAUGAUCACCAGGGGAAUAAAUUUCUGCGAGUCGGGGGCGACCCCUCGCUGCUGGAGAAGCGGCUCUCGGAAGACUCGCCCCGCUACUGGCUGCUUCAGAAGUGGGCGAGCAUGUCGAGCGCGGACGCGGCGGAGGCGGAGGCGGAGCCGGGCGAGGAGAAGGCGGCGGCGGCCGCCGGGGAGAACCCGCUCGUGUUCCUGUGCUCGCGCUGUCGCCGGCCGCUGGGCCACUCGCUCACCUGGGUGACCAGCCAGGAGGACAGCAACUGCAUCCUCUUGCGCUGUGUUUCCUCCAAUGUGUCUGUGGAUAAAGAACAGAAACUGUCCAAGUGUAAAGGCGAAGACGGCUGCAUUCUUGGGACGCUGUAUUGUACAGGCUGCUCCCUGCGCCUUGGCUAUGUGUACAGAUGCACUCCCAAGAACCUGGACUCCAAGAGGGACUUGUUCUGCCUCAGCGUCGAAGCCAUUGAAAGUUACACUUUAGGGUCCUCCGAAAAGCAAAUCGUGUCGGAAGACAAGGAGCUUCUCAAUCUGGAAAGCAGAGUUGAAAUAGAGAAGUCUGUAAAGCAGAUGGAAGACGUCCUGAAGGCCUUGCUGAUGAAGCUGUGGGAGAUUGAGUUAAAACUGUCCUCCGCUGGCUGCUGCCACUGAGCUGCCCUUCCCGACCU